GACUUCAUUCAAAUCUGUUGCUUUUUUUAAUCCUCUCACUAUUCAGGAGUUAAUAACGGGAAAUGGACAUAUUUUUCUCACUGCUCGCUUGACAGAAACAGAAAACAAGGUCUGCGUUCCGGUGCAGAAUGAAGCGUUCCGAAAGGGCUUCCGACCCGGUGCCACAGACACGGUGGAUGGCACAUUAUCGGCGAUUUGUCGACUAAAAGUAGAUGGAAUGUAAACUUGACCACACACACUAACAGGGAAGAUGAGUUGUGCUUUUUCUCAGUGUCUCGUCUUAUAUAUUUUGGAUUUAGCAGUUGGCUAUUUAACUGUCACUCUUGAGUCCCUCCCUCCCAUUGUCAUUGGAGACACAGUGACACUCAAGUGCAAUUUCAGGACAGAUGGCAACCUGCGAGAGAUUGUGUGGUUUCGGGUGACAGAGGGUGGCAGUGCCAAGCAGAAGAUCUUCACCUACGAUGCCAUGUACAACAGCAACUUCUCCCAUAUGGAGGACUUCCGCAGACGAGAAGACCUGGUCUACCAAUCAACUGUCCGGCUCCCUGAGGUACAGAUGGAAGAUGACGGGCCAUAUGAGUGCCAUGUGGGGAUCUACGACAAGGCCUCUAGAGACAGGGUGGUCUUAGCCUCAGGCACCAUCGUGCUCACUGUCAUGGUGCCUCCUAAGUCCAUCUCUGUAGCGGCAGCAGACUGCCCGGCCCCCUUCAGUCGCUACGAGGCCCAGAACUUCACUCUAGUCUGCAUCGUCAUGGGAGGAAAGCCAGCCCCUACGGUGUACUUCAAGCGUGACAGCGAGCUGAUCGAGGUGUUCCCCUCUAUUAUGGAGGGUGGCAGGAGCCAGGGCAGGGGCCUGGCAGGGCUACGGAGCUCUAGGACCUUGAUCAGCAGAGAUCUGGAUGACACCAAGCUGAAGAAGUCCCUCUCCCUGCUGGACCAGGACCUGGGGAAGCCCCCCCGUCUGGACCAGGACACCGGAGGGACAGGGAAGAUAGGAGGGGCCGGGGAGGAGCCAGGGGCCCCGGGGGAGCCUGGUGGUGUGGAGGGGUCUGAGCCCAGCCCCACAACCACGGAGGUGAUCCCAGAGACGGUGGUAAGCCGGGAGUUCCCCCGCUGGGUGCAGAGCACUGACCCGCUCUACUACUUCCAGCACAGGCGGCAGGUCUCCAGCGAUGGCACCAUGGAGGUCAGAGCCAUGCUCACCUGGAGCCUCAACCCCCAGCUGGACAACGACGCCCUGUUCAGCUGCGAGGUCAAGCACCCAGCUCUGUCCAUGCCCAUGCAGGCUGAGGUCACUCUGUCUGCUCCCAGGGGCCCCAAACUGUCCAUGUCGCCUGGUAAGGCUAAAGUAGGAGACACUGUCCGCAUUACAGUUCAGGGCCUCCAGAUCUCUUCCACUGGGAACAUGGUGUUCCCCGAGCCACUGUUCACCUGGACCAGGGUGGGAGGUCCUCUGCUGGACGGGAGAGAGGACCAUAAUGGGAGGGAGCUGGUGCUGGAGAGAGUACCAGCCGAGCUCAAUGGCUCCAUGUUCCGCUGCACUGCCCAGAACCCUCUGGGAUCCACCGACACACACACGCGGCUCAUCGUGUUUGAAAAUCCUAGACUUAAGAAGGGGAGACAACAUUUUGUUGCAGAUGCAGCCUAUUGCAAUGAGGCACUGGAGCUGACCACCAUGCUGCUAAUGUUAGCACUGACAUGGGACAUGACGUGAACAGCAAAAUGGACCCCUGCCCUUCUCCAGUCUCACUAGUCUCUCGAGUCUCUCCUCUGUCACUCACUUCCCCAUCUGCUGGAGUUCCAGCGACAGGAGCUGAAGCACUGUUCACUUUUCAUAAAAGCAGCUUAGGAAAAGAAAAACAUUGUCAGAAAGAAGAUAAGAACUACAUACAUUCUAACUGUCUAAUCUUUUAUGUUGUCAUUCUGCCUGCUUAACUGCGUCUUCCUUUUUGUCUUUCAACAUCCUAUGAUCCACUAUCACAGUGGUUACGUUUUAUGGUAGACCCCAACGUGUUAGAGGCAAUUUUAACCAAGUUUGUGUGGGCUGGCCCGCAUUAGACAUUUCUUCGCAUCUUCCUGUUAUUUGAAGGUCAGAACACACAAUAUUACAUGUUUUUGACAUACCUUGGUCAGCAAGUCCUUGGAUAAAAUAAAUGUUUGGUUGG